AUGGCUUCCCCUGUCGGUCUCGCUUUCCCCCGCCACACACUCCUUCCCCCGUCUCUCUCGCUUUCCCCCCCUGCCCACUCCUUCUCCCGUCGUUCUCGUUUGCCCCUCGUCACCCACUCCUUCCCCCGUCGCACUCGUUUUCCUCCGUCGCCUCUGGCUUUCCCCCGUCGUCCUUGCUUCCCCCAUCGCCCUCGCUUUCCCCCGUCGUCAUUGCCUUUCCCCGUUGCUCUCGUUUUCCCCCGCCGCCCACUCCUCCUCCUGCUUCCCCUGUCGGUCUCGCUUUCCCCCGCCGCACACUCCGGCCCCCGUCUCUCUCGCUUUUCCCCCCCUGCCCACUCUUUCUCCCAUCGUUCUCGUUUGCCCCCGUCACCCACUCCUUCCCCCGUCGCACUCACUUUCCCCCGUCGCCUCUGGCUUUCCCCUGUCGUCCUUGCUUCUCCCAUCGCCCUCGCUUUCCCCCGUCGUCGUUGCUUUUCCCCGUUGCUCUUGAUUUCCACCGCCGCCCACUCCUUCUCCGUCACUCUUGCUUUCCCCCUUCACACUCCCCUUAGCCCGUCGCCCUCGAUUUCCCCUCGUCGUCAGUGCUUCCCCCGUCGGUCUUGCUUUCCCCCGCCGCACACUCCUUCCCCCGUCUCUUUCGCUUUCCCUCCCUGCCCACUCCUUCUCCCGUCGUUCUCUUGCUCCCGUCACCCACUCCUUCCCCCGUCGCACUCGCUUUCCCCCGUCGCCUCUGGCUUUCCCCCGUCGUCCUUGCUUCCCCCAUCGCCCUCGCUUUCCCCCGUCGUCAUUGCUUUUCCCCGUUGCUCUUGUUUUCCCUCGUUGCCCACUCCUUCUCCGUCACUCUUGCUUUCCCCCUUCACACUCCCCUUAGCCCGACGCCCUCGCUUUCCCCUCGUCGUCAUUGCUUCCCCUAUCGGUCUCGCUUUCCCCCGCCGCACACUCCUUCCCCCGUCUCUCUCGCUUUCCCCCCCUGCCCACUUCUUCUCCCGUCGUUCUUGUUUGCCCCCGUCACCCACUCCUUCCCCCGUCGCACUCACUUUCCCUCGUCGCCUCUGGCUUUCCCCCAUCAUCCUUGCUUCCCCCAUCGCCCUCGCUUUCCCCCGUCGUCAUCGCUUUCCCCCGUUGUUCUCUCGCACACGCAGUUCCCCGGCGCCCACACUUGUCACCGUCCCCUGUCGCUCUUGCUUUCCUCUGUCAUCCUCCCUCCCUUUCCCCUAUCGUCAUUACUUCCCCCAUCGCCCUCGUUUUCCCUCGCCGCCCACUCCUUCUCCCGUCGCUCUCCCUUUCCCCCGCAGCCACUACAUCUCCUGUCGCUCUCUCUUGCCUCCGACACCCACUCCUUCCCACGUCGCCGUCGCUUUCCCCCGUCUCCCUCCCUUUCACCCGUCGUCCUUACCCUCCCCGUCGCUCUCACACACUCCUCGACGCUCUCGCUUUCCCCCGUCGCCUUAG